UUAACAUACUAAGAGUUAUAUAUAAUAAGAAGUUGAAAAAAUGGCUUCCAAGGCUUUGAUUCUGUUGGGUCUCUUUGCAGUUCUUCUCGUCGUCUCCGAAGUUUCUGCAGCAAGGCAGUCGGGCAUGGUGAAGCCGGAGAGUGAGGAAACAGUGCAACCUGAAGGUUAUGGCGGUCACUACGGAGGAGGAGGCGGAGGACACUACGGAGGAGGAGGAGGCGGAGGACACUACGGAGGAGGAGGAGGCGGAGGACAUUACGGUGGAGGAGGAGGCCACGGACAUGGAGGAGGAGGCCACGGACUUGACGGAUACAAUGGAGGACAUGGUGGACACGGAGGAGGAUACAGCGGAGGAGGAGGUCACGGAGGUGGAGGACACCACGGAGGAGGAGGCCACGGACUUGACGGAUACAACGGAGGACAUGGUGGACACGGAGGAGGAUACAGCGGAGGAGGAGGUCACGGAGGUGGAGGACACCACGGAGGAGGAGGCCACGGGCUUAACGAACCUGUUCAGACUAAGCCCGGUGUUUAAAACUCUAUAAGACUAUAAUAUUUUCAUCACCAUGCAUGCAUGGUUGCACUGAUAUAUACACUUAUAUGUGUGUAUGACUAUAAAUAAACCAUGGUGAGUUUGUAAUGCAGUACCUUCAGAAAUGUUUGGAAUAAAGUUUCACAAUAUUAAUUAGUUUCAUAAAUAAA